GUGUUGAAACCAGCCACGCUUCGUCUAUUGCUCGGCAUUGCAGUUUCCCACUCCUGGCCGCUUCACCAGAUUGAUAUUUCCAACGCAUUUUUACAUGGCACCUUGCAGGAGGAGGUAUAUAUGCAGCAACCCACUGGUUUUGUCGAUCCGGAUCGCCCUGAUCACGUCUGUCGUCUGCGAAAGUCUAUUUACGGCUUGCGGCAAGCUCCUCGGGCCUGGUUUACCUGCUUAUCUCAGGCCAUUCGCAGUAAUUCCGGGGUUCUUCAGCAGCUCUUGCUUCACCUCCGGUCUAAAUUUUCCCUCCGUGAUCUUGGGCGGUUGUCCUAUUUCCUCAGAUUGGAGGUACACUAUACUUCUGAUGGUCUUAUUCUCAAUCAACGGAAAUACAUUCUGGAACUGCUUGAUAGGUCUGGGAUGUCUCAUUCGAAUUCUAUUACUACACCCUGCACGGCUGACCAGCUGAUCCAAAGUGCGUCCGAUGUCUCUCCUGCCUUUCAUGAUCCGAGUUUUUACCGGAGCAUUGUUGGUGGCCUACAGUACUUGAGUUUCACCCGCCCCGACAUAUCCUUUGCUGUCAACCAUGUGUCCCAAUUCCAGCAAUGUCCGACUGAUGCUCAUUGGACAGCCGUCAAGCGCAUUCUCCGAUAUCUACAAGGCACGCUCACUCAGGGUCUCAUUUUCCAGCGAUCUUCUCGGCCACAGCUCCAUGGUUAUUCCGAUGCAUCUUUCGCCUCCUGUCCCCGCGAUCGUAAGUCCAUCUCUGGUUAUGCAGUCUUCUACGGCAAGAAUUUGGUUUCCUGGUCUACCCGGAAGCAACAGGCUGUGGCUCGAUCCUCCACCGAAUGUGAAUAUCGGGCUCUUGCCACGGUAGCAUCCGAAGUCGUUUGGCUUCAAGCUCUCCUCAGUGAGCUCGGACAGUCCACUUCAGCCCCUGUUCUUUGGUGUGACAAUCUGGGGGCCACUUAUCUUGCUCAUAAUCCAGUUUUCCAUUCUCGCUCGAAGCAUCUCGAAAUCGAGUUUCACUUUGUCCGUGACAGAGUCAACAAGCAGCAAUUACAUGUUCGGUAUCUUCCAGCCACGGAUCAGCUCGCAGACGUCCUCACGAAACCUCUGUCUCGCCUUCCCUUCCGGACUUUCUGCUCCAAGUUUCACCUCGUCGAGGUUCCACUUGCGGGGGCGUGAUAAGAGAGAGUAUUAAGUGGAACAGAAUAGAUUCUCCACUAUGUAACCGUUUGAGUUUUUUCCUUCUUUGUAGCAACCUCUGCGUAGGUUUUGCUCUUUCUGUUUCUGCUGUACUUGUAUAAGACCCACUGUUCAGUAAUGUAAAGACUCAGCUUUCCAG